CUCAAAAUGGUAGAAGUGAUCGUGAUUUCUUCAAGCACUGUACGACCGGGAAACAAAAACAAACCGGGUCGCAAGAAGAUCCAUCUAACUCCACAUGAUCUUGACCUUCUUUAUCUUUUUUAUCCUCAAAGAGGUCUUCUCUUCCCCAAACCCGAACCUGGAAACCUUAUCCUUCCGCGGUUAAUGUCCUCUCUUUCGACUGCCUUAGAGAUAUAUUUCCCUUUUGCUGGUCGUCUCGUCAAAACAAACAAUCAAGAAGACAAUACAGUGUCGUUUCACAUUGACUGUGAUGGUUCGGGUGCCAAAUUCGUCCAUGCAAAAGCCGAAUCUGUCUCCGUCAACGAUAUAAUUCAGUCUCAUGGCUCUGUUCCUUACUUCUUAAGGCAAUUUUUUCCUACCAACAAUGUGCAAAGCCGUGACGCCCUAGUCUCCGAUCCCUUGCUUGCGUUGCAAGUCACCGAGAUGAAAGAUGGAGUUUUUAUCAGUUUCGGUUACAAUCACAUGGUGGCUGAUGGUUCUUCCUUCUGGAAAUUCUUCAAAACUUGGUCCAAGAUUUGUCUUAACGGUUCUGUUUUAAAUUUGCAGCCUCUUGUUCUCAAAGACUGGUUCCUUGACACGAUUGAUUACCCGGUACAUAUUCCGGUUUUGGAGAUGGAGAAGCUAUCACGUUGUGAUGUUUCAACUAAAGAGAGAGUUUUCCACUUCUCAAGGAAGAACAUUUCAUAUCUCAAAGAGAAAGCUAACAACGAAAUUGGCACCACAGAUAUAAAAAUCUCAUCACUUCAAGCAGUUGUGGCAUAUCUAUGGCUAUCAAUCAUGAAACAAAGUGGUCUCAACCGAGAAGAAGAAACGCAAUGCAAAGUAGCGGCAGAUAUGAGACAAAGGCUAAACCCUUCUCUCAGCAAAGAGUGUUUUGGGAAUGUAACUUCUCUCGCAACGGCUACAACCACUGUAGGAGAGCUAUUGGGUCAUGGACUAGGCUGGACUGCUUUGCAAAUAAGUAAAUCAGUGAGGUCAGAAACAAAUAAGAGUUAUAAAUUUUUUGCAAAGAAUUGGGUUACAAAUGUGAAGAGACCAAAAACAGCAAAUGGAAGUAUAUUGGCUGACCAUUCUUUGAUCAUAGCAAGCUCUCCACGGUUUGAAGUGUACAAUAAUGACUUCGGUUGGGGAAAACCGAUCGCGGCUCGAGCCGGACCGGCUGAUGGGACUGGUGGUAUGCUUGUGAUGUUUCCGGGAGUUGAAGAGCGGAGUAUUGAUGUUCAUGCGACAUUUUGUUCUUGUUUAUGGUCUGAUAUGCUAGUGAACCUAUUGACCAAUGAUAUGAACGAUGACUAGGAAGUCUAGGAUAAAUCAUAUCAAUCAUGUAAGAUAA